AUGGCUACCGAAAACUUCACUCAUACUCUGUGUCCCUACUUUGAUGGAACGAAUUAUCCUAAUUUGAAAUUCUGUAUGAAAAAUUAUCUUGAUAUGGAUGAAAAAGAGUGGACCAAGGAUCACAUUCAAGCUAAUGCUCUCAACCGGAAGGUUAUUUGUGUGAUUUUUUAUUCUUUGUGUAGAGAGGAGCAAGAAAGGGUUCAACAUUACUCAACGGCUCAAGACAUGUGGAAGAUUCUUGAGAACUACCAUGAAGGAAGGGUUCAAAUUAAAAUCAAGAAGGUUGAGCUUCUCAUUGGAGAAUAUGAAGCUUUCAAGAACAAGCCAAAUGAGAAUGUCACUGAUACCACCAAUAGACUUCUUGCCAUUACUACCAAUUUCAAGAAUCUUGGUAAGCAUUAUACUAUUGGUGAAAUCAAUGGCAAAAUUCUCCGUCCAUUACCUCUCCUAGAUUGGCAACCGAAUAUAACCGCUAUUGAAGAAGCUCAUGACUUGAAUAAGUUGAGAACCGAUGAGCUUAUUGGAAAUUUCCUUCUUCGUGAGAUGACUUACAUGAAAAGUAUCCAAGAAUUGAAAAGGGCUCAAGAAGAGAAAACUAAGGGAAUUGCUUUGAAGGCUAAAGCAAUUGAGACUAAGGUUGAAGAGGAGAUCAACUUGAGUGAUGGUGAGGAUGGUGGGGAAAUGGUCUUGAUGUCCAAGAAGGUUAGAGAUUGGAAGUUGAGGAAGAAGUCACAAGUUCAAAGAUAUGUGCACAAAGGAGAUUCUUCCAACUCCAAACGAUCAUCUCCUCCUAGAAAAGAGGUUUCAACUCCUAGAAGAGAUGUCACUUGCUAUGGAUGUGGAAAAUCGGGUCAUACUAAACCGGAAUGUCGGCAAGGAGCUAAUAGAUCCUUCCAAAAGGACAAGAAGGGAUUUGUAACUACAUGGGAUGAUGAGAGUAACUGUCAAUCCGAUGGAGAAUGUCAAGAGGAAGAAAGGGCCAAUCUUCGCUUCAUGGCUUUUGAGGAGGAACAUACAUCCAAGGUUAGUUCUCUACCCUUUCUCUCUUGGGAUGGUAUAGGUAUAGAAACGCAUGAUAGUUUUAGUGAUAUUGUUGUUAUGAAUAAUGUUGAUAGUGUUGAUAAUGAUGAAUGCCAUUACAUGAUAAAUGAGCUAACAACCAAGUGUAGUGACUAUCAUGCCAAAAUGAAAGUUUCCAAAAGGAAAACCUUUAUGGCUAAAAUUGAGAUGCUCAAUUUGAAGAAAGAAAUUCACGACUUAAAGUCUUAUUUAAAAUAUAUUUCUAAACAAGAUGUCAAUGUCUUGUCUAAGGAAAAUGAAAAACUAAAUGAGAAAGAAUCUUUGGAUAAUCUUCUUGAUUCUAAAAGAAAUCCAACCAUAAAAUUCGGGCUUGAUUAUAGUCACAACCCCUCUAUCUCAAAUGUGACUACUUUUGUGAAGGCUUCUUCACAUCAAACUUCUUCCAUAGAAGUUUCUCCAAUAUUAGCAUAG